AUGGCCAAACUCAUUAUUGCCUUGCUGGUAUUUUGUUUGGUCGGGUUUGGACGAGGGGUAGUAUUACCUCAACUCGACCCUUACUGGGACAAUAUAGACAACUAUUGUGGCUCGAGGUUGGCUAACGAGCUAGAAGUAAUUUGCAGAGGAAAAUACAACGAGUUACCUGCUGGAGAGGAACAGAUUUCAAUCGGACAAAGGAGACGAUUACGAUUACCGCUAAUCGUCGAUGAAUGUGUAACCGUGCCCUGCACAAGAAGAACACUCAAAAUGUAUUGUGCUCCGGAUGCCUAA